AUGCGUUUGAGCUAUAUCCUAGUGGCCGUUGUCUCAACUCUCUUUGCCCACCACGAUACUGCCAGUGCUUCUACCGGGACCGACGUUUCACUAGCUGGUGUUUUGUCGCUGGGCUUGCUACACCUCGUCAGCGCUGACCAAAGUUUUACUGAGCCGCAGCGGUUGCUGAGCGGCAACCACAAGGUCGGCGAAGGUAUUAAGGAAGAGAGAGGGUUCAAGGAAGUUGCCGAGGAGGCGAUGGCAAAGUUUGUUGUCGACAAGGUGUAUAGGACAAACUCUUUUUCGGCCCUCGAGAAACUAGAGAAAACGCUCAAUUUGCCGGUGCUCGAAAAAGCUUUGGUAUUGGCAGAUGAUAAAAUGAAAGGGGCGUUCAAGUUCGCUGAGGAAGCGAAGAUGAAUCCUGCAGAUAUGGCCAAAAUUGUGAAAGAUUUCCCAGAUUUCACGGAUGCUGAGAAGAUGAAGACAGUGCUAGAAUACACCAACUACUUAAAGACAAUGGGCAAAUUGGACUAG